AUGGCGGAAAGAGAUACUCCAAGUAGGAAUACUCGAGGUAGUCCUCAUGCUUAUGAUGGUCCUAGUUUCUCUUUGGGAUUUUCACAACAACAACUUCCAAUUGCAGGAGAAUUUGCUAAAAUUGCUGCUGAGAGAAGAAGCAAGAAGAUUCAUGACCCACCAAGGAUGCGUCAACUUCCUCCAACUGAAGUUCCAAAACGAAGCAAGCCAAAAGAUGAUGUACCAGUAAAAAAAGGUUCUAAAGUUGCUCAACAAAAUAAGAGAAAAGUAACCAAGCCUUCUUCAGACGUUAAGGGUAAAAAUGUUGUUAAAGAUGUAGAUCUGGAAGAGGAUGAACAGGAUCCUAAAUUCUAUGUUAGGAGUCAUCCUGAAGAGGCUCCAUCGAUGCAACGGUACACUAAUAUCGAGGUGUUCAAAGAUAUCAAGAGUAAGCUAACUGUUGCACAGUUAGAGAUCUUUUCCAAGACAAUAUUUGGGAAAUUCCUCGGAAUGCAGCACCUGGAGGUUCAAGCACAAAUUUUUAGGUGCUUCAUGGUAAGAGAGCUCAAGGAGAGCACUUCUGAUUGCUUUACAAUUGAUAUAAAUGGUACCGUAUUGAGAUUUACCAUGAGAGAAUUUGCCCUUAUGAGCGGGCUAAAUUGUGUAGCCGAUGAAGGUGAAUUUACAUACGAUGAGGAAAAAUCGAAUAGGAUUAUGGAUGAUUAUUUUGGUGGAACUAGGAGUAAAGUAAAAAGAUUGGAGUUCAUUGAUUGCUUUAAGAAUAAGUGUUGGGGAGAUAAUGAUGAGGACGCUGUUAAGUUUGCAAUUUUGUUUUUUAUAAUUACAUACAUCUUUUGUGGUGAGCCUAGGAAAACGAAUAUACCAAGGGUUCAUUUUGAAGUGGUUGAGGAUGGAAGGUAUGUAGAUUAUCCAUGGGGCAAAGAAGCUUUUAACGAGUUGAUUAGAAGCAUCAGCAAGAAGUAUUCUGCCACAACACAGUAUUAUAGGAUCCAUGGGAUGCCACUGGCUAUGCAAGUUUGGCUUUAUGAGUGUUGUUCAAGAGUUCCAUCGUAUCUCGCUAUUAAAUCCGGAAAUUCCAUUCCAAGAAUGUUGAAUUGGAGGUCCAUCGACAGUCAGCCCAAAUAUAAUAUUUUGAUGGAAGGCAUUUUUAGAGACGGCAAACAGUCGAGCUAUACAUUUGCAAAUACAAUCCCCACUAGCAGUGAGUUGGAGAGCCUCCAAUUGCCCGAUGUUGUUGUCUGUCGAGAUACAGUAGACAAAAAUGUCUUAGUUGAUGCCAAUGAAGGUACCCAAGUCACAGAUAUGCCAGUGGAUGACUUUGAUGAUUUCAGUACUACUCCCCCCCACCUUUCUAAGGGCAAACAGCAACAACGGACGAAUCAGACAGAUUCUCCACCUUCGAAGAGACGCAGACAACUUCAUACAACAGCUUCCACAUCUAAGAAACAACAAAUCCACACCGAACCACAGACAACUGUGAAGAAGAAUCACAAGGAUCAAAAGGUUGCUCAAAAACCUAUUUUACAGAAGUCUGCUUCACCAAAGUUGAAUGAACAAAUGAAUAGACCCCAAAACACCACAGUCCUACGUGAUGUCCCUACUAGUUCCAUGAAAGAGGAAAUGCAAUUGCUAAGGAAAGAUUUUCAAGUUUUCAAGGAAUCAGUCGUUGGUGAGUUCACAAGUGAGUUGUCCAAGCUUCGAACUUUCAUGGAUGACAACUUCAAGAAGCUAUUUGAAGCAAUCAAGGUGAACAAUUCUGCGGACAAGGCUGCCGAUAGUGAGGCGCCGGAGCAUCAAACUGAUGCUGGGCUACAGUUAACGCCUGAAGAAAACUUACGACAUGAUUCUACCAUUCAAACAUCUCCUCCGAAACAUGAUGAUGAGUCAAUUAAGGGUGUUGGACCAAAGUUACAUGAGGAUGAUCCCUGA